CGGAGCCGCUCCCCGGCCGCCAACGGUGGGAGUUCGUACUCAAGCCAUCCCAACAUUUUCACUGGUCUGCACGCUCAGACGUCACCGAGGGGGGCAAGUCUUUGCUUCGUGACGGGCACCAGGCGCGAGGCAACACGGGUGCUUCUUCUCCACUGCUCGUGUCACCCUAUGGAGAUUUAAAAUUCUUUCCCGGGACGAAGUCGCGUUGGGCAUAGGUGUGUGUCGUGUCAGGUGUGUGCUGCUGGUGUUGAAGCAUGGUGACAGUGGCCAAUGCCAAAUCAGGAGCAGCCAUGCAGCAGGUGCUGGAUAACCUGCACGAGCUUCCUCCUUCCUCUGGAGCCAAAGACAUCGACCUCAUCUUCCUCCGCGGCAUCAUGGAGAGCCCCAUCGUACGUUCACUGGCCAAGGCCCAUGACCGUCUGGAGGACGUGAAGCUAGAAGCAGUAGGGGACAAUAACCUGGAGCUGGUGACCGGCAUCCUGUCCGACAUGAGUGGGCUGGUCACCAAGGAUGACAGCGCUGCGGAACUCUCCAGAAUCCUCACAGAGCCGCACUUCCAGUCCCUCCUGGAGGCUCAUGACAUGGUGGCGUCUAAGUCCUACGAGGUUCCGAGCCUGGCGAGUGUUGCAAGUGAUCUGACCAAUCACGAUGUGCCGGCCCUGCCUGCCGCCCCUGCUGACACCAUACGAGUCAUCAGCAUCCACAAGAAACCCGCGGAGCCCCUGGGCGUGACGUUCCGCAUGGAGCAGGGGGACCUGGUGAUCGCCCGUAUCCUGCACGGCGGGAUGAUUGACAGGCAGGGCAUGCUGCACGUGGGUGAUGUCAUCAGGGAGGUCAACGGCCACGAGGUGGGGGAGGGGCCAGAGGAGCUCCAACGAAUCCUGAGAGAGGCCAGCGGUGACAUCACACUCAAAAUCCUCCCCAGCUAUAGAGACAUGCCCUCCCCUGCACAGCUGUACCUGAAGCCUCAAUUCAACUACAAUCCUGAGACGGACAACCUGAUCCCCUGCAAGGAGGCGGGGCUUGCAUUCUCACGCGGAGACGUCCUGCAUGUGGUCAACAGAGAGGACCCUAACUGGUGGCAGGCGUGUAAUGUGGUUGGCGGAGCCACAGGCCUCAUUCCCAGCCAGUUCCUGGAGGAGAAGAGGAAGGCGUUUGUCAGGAGAGACCUGGAUGGAUCAGCAGGGGUCUUAUGUGGUACCAUACCUGGUAAGAAGAAGAAAAAGAAGUUAAUGUACCUCACAGCUAAGAAUGCAGAGUUUGACAGGCAUGAGCUGCAGAUCUAUGAGGAGGUGGCACGAAUGCCUCCGUUCCAGAGGAAGACUCUGGUUCUGAUUGGUGCUCAGGGGGUCGGACGACGAAGCCUCAAGAACCGCCUGAUCGUGCUGAACCCGCUCCGCUACGGAACCACAGUACCCUUUACAUCACGGCCGCCCCGGGGCGAGGAGAGCGACGGCCAAUCAUACUGCUUCGUGAACCGGCCGGAGAUGGAACAGGACAUCAAGGGCGGACGCUACCUGGAACACGGCGAGUACGAUGGCAACCUGUACGGAACCAAGAUCCAGUCCAUCCACCAGGUGGUCAACACCGGACGCACCUGUAUCCUCGACGUCAACCCACAGGCUCUGAAGGUACUGAAGACAGCAGAGUUCAUGCCAUUUGUGGUGUUCAUCGCGGCUCCUCAACUGGACACACUCAGGGCCAUGCACAAGGCUGUGGUGGACGCAGGAAUCACCAGUAAACAGCUCACGGAGACGGAUCUGAAGAAGACGGUGGACGAGAGUUCUCGGAUCCGCCGCGCGUACAGCCACUACUUUGACCUCACCAUCGUCAACGACAACUUGGACCGGGCCUUCGACGCUCUGCAGGCGGCGGUGGAACGCCUCAGUUCUGAACCCCAGUGGGUUCCCGUCAGCUGGGUCUUCUGAGGGUUCCGCGUUGCGUUCCGUUUGGGUUUGCUGGACCGGGGCGUGGUUCUGAUGCCGCGGAAGGACAGAGAGGGCUCUGAUUGGCUCAUAUCAUUGAGGGGGUGUGUCUGGAGACCACAUGCUCUGCCUUCUCCACACUAUGCAAACUUUGAGCGAAGACUGCUGAGCAUAAGGGAAAAGUGUGUGUGUGUGUGUGUAUGGUUGAGCGAAGACUGCUGAGCAUAAGGGAAAACUGUGUGUGUGUGUGAGCUGUCUGAUAAUUUAUUAAUGUUUUUGUAACUUUAUACAAACAUAAUUCUAUGCAUAUUCAUGAGAACGUGUUGGAGGAGGGUGUGUGUGUGUGUGUGUGUGUGUGUGUGUGUGUGUGUGUGUGUGUUCAGAGGCUACUGCUUUAAGAAAGUUCUGCCUCAGUUUUAAAGGGAAGAUGGUAUGUGUGAGGCUGGGAGAGUGUGUGUGUGUGUGUGUGUGUUAGAGUAUGUACUGCAGGUGUGUGUGUGGACAGUGUCCUCUCCAUUAGGGCUUUUCCACCAUAAGGGGAUCACAUAGAAACCAAACACAUAUAAAGGAACACGUCUGUGCAGCUGGAACAGCUGUGUGUGUAAAAUACGUAGGUACUCCUAAACUAAACGUUGGGCUCUGAUGGCACACUGCAGUCAUAUACAGUAAUGAACACGAGACAUUUUACUGGUGCAGUGUGUGUGUGUGUGUGUGUGUGUGUGUAUGUGUGUGAGGGAGAAUAUUAUGUAUGCAUGAGUCUGAAUGUGUUAACAUCUGGUGUGUGUGUGUGUGUGUGUGUGUACGUACAUGAACCUGUCUGUGUCUACUUCUGUGUGUUUUGUGUGUGUGUGUCAGAGAGAGAGAUUCAUUCCCAGCAGUCACAACUUAUCUAGGUUCACACACACAUCAGUCAUAUGACUUUCCAUCUCUGAAGAGGAGUGUGUGUGUGUGUGUGUGUACGUACGUACGUACUUGUACACACAUAUACACACAUGUUAGGUAAAGUCUAAUAAAGUUAUGUCUUUCUAAAA